AUGAAUUGGUCUGGGAGUGCAAAGAGUAUGGAAGCAGACAUGGUCACAGAAAUGGUCAAAGAUGUGGGGAGAAAGGGUGUUAGUGUUAGCUCAAUAGUGGAUGGGGCCCUUCAGAAUGAUUUAAAGAGUGUGUUCACCAAGUAUGCUGAGAAUAGUGGUAAACUUUCGUCAUUAGGAAGUACUCAGGCAAACGAAAGUUUUAAUAGAAUUGUAGCUUCCAAGGCUCCUAAACAACACCACUACAGUUCGUCUGGUUCCUUGAACUAUAGAAUAGCGGCUUGUGUUGCUCAGAAGAAUGAAGGGAAUAAAUAUAUAUUAGAUGUUAACAAGAACAUGUCUGUAUCCCCAGGAUAUUAUACUCUACGUUUGGCAGUCUUAAGAGAUAUUCAACACCGGAAAAGAAAGGCGAUAGCAAAUACUUAUAGGUUCAAACAAAGACGAAGAAAUGUUAAGUCAACGAGACAUCAAAAGCUUGCAACAAGAGAAGUUAGAGAAGGUGUCACUUAUUCUUCUGGCAUUGGCUUGGAAGACCACCUUUCAGAUGACAUUGAAGAAAUUCCAAGUCCAUCACUUCAACCUGCAUACCAAACUAUUGAAUGGUCCACUACAGUGAAUAACAUUUUCUUUGACAUUGAAGCAACAGGCUUAGCAAGAAACUCUCACAUAACACAGAUAUCUGCAACAUCUGACAAAGGUUCUAUCAACACAUAUGUACUUCCAAAGAAACCAAUAACACCUAAGGCACAGGAAAUAACAGGGAUCAAAGUUGAAGGGAGCAAGAUGUUUUGCCAUGACAAGGAAGUGAAAUCUGUUGGCAUCAAAGAGGCUUUAAAGAUGUUAAUAUUAUUUUUAGACGUUGUUGCUUUGAGUCGUCUUUUCCAUCACUUGGCUCCAUCAACAGAAGCAAAACAAUUGUCAUCUUUUUCCUUUGAUUCAGCUGCAAGGAGAUAUGACCACAACCAGAAAACGAAACUACUUCUCCCUACUUUGACACCUCUUACAGAGAAGAAAGUAAUUACAAUAAGAACUGCAAAUGUAAUAGCAGCAAGUGGCAUGUCUUUUUCUCACCUACGCAUUGCAUAUGCAAGAGAUGGCCGCCAAGGAAUAGAAGAUGUUCUGAAAGAAGAGGGUGUAAAUGGAAAAGUGCGUGUUACCAAAUCAAAGAAGAUAGUUGAUGCCAUAUCAGACUUUUUCAAAAGUUUAUAA